AGAGAGCUACCGAUUAUAUUAGUAAAGAAGAAGUGGUCCGGAUCGGACUAAACAACAGAUAAUAGGCGGUUGGAUUGGGACAUCAACACGCUGACAUCAUACAACCCAACUCGUCGGUUGGAUUGGAACAUCAAUACGGCACCACAAUCACCGCCGACACAGAGCGCCCAAACAACACAGGCAGCGACAACCCACACGAGAGCACACAAAACUGCUAAAGGUCAUCGCUGUCAAGCAAAGAUGCAGAGCUUCCAGCAACUCCGACUUCCCAAAGCAGAUGAUAGGCGAACCAAACGAAAAACAGAUAAAUAGCUCGAAACGAAAGGUCUCAACAGGUCAUCGUUGCCGGGCUCAAGGCACAGAGCAGCUCCGACUUUCAAUCUUGACCCUCCGCCCCGCCUCUCGUUUUUGCCCGACCUUCGAAAUAUUGUGGACCACGAAGAAGGGAGGUUCGCCUCAUGUUAUCGUUGACGAGCCACAUCCCCUGAAAUAGCAUCUCCGACUUCACGUUGCUGAGAAGCAAAGCAAUAGCCGAAGGCAAAGUCAUGGCCAAGACGAAAUUCAGAAGCGACGUCUUCAGGAAGGGAGUGACGUCACCGUGACGCCACUGUCGCCUAUCCGCGAUCGACCGAGCUUUCACCCAAGGAAGAUAACGUUGGGGAUGCGACGCCCUCAACAGGUGAAGCGGCACCCAUGAGCGUCACCGUCGCCGAGACUUUCGCCCAAGAGCUCCCAGCACAGCAUCUGGCAGAAACCUCGAGACACAACAAGUUGCCUCCGUCGUCGCCACUGCCCCGUCGUCUCGCACAAUGAUGAAGAUUUUGGGGCCUGUCGCCACCACCACCCUGCGCUAGCCCGAGUCACUAGCCGACGCAGCCGCAGAUGAGAGGAGGUCCAGCCACCGCCAUUCCGACCGACUGCGCAGGCCUGCCGGCGCACCAACGCCGAACUCCACCCCCGCUCAUGCGCUGGCCCGGGACCAGCCUCCCAGCGCCUCCGACGGCUGGCACACGGAGACCGCCAACCUCGCGCGCGCCAGAUCCAUCCCUCCACGGGCCGACACUGCUCCCAGCCCUAGGGGCGCCAGAUCUAGCCCUCCCCGCAUCAGUUGCGCGAGCACGCAGUCAAGGCACACCUCCAACCCCCCGAGCAUCAGGGAUGGGCAGAUGCCGCCACCGGGCCAUCCACGCGGGCGCGCACCCAGCCGAAGGCUAGCUGCCUGAGUGGACGGACAGCGCUGCCACGGGUUGGACGCGUGAGCAGGGCAGCAAGCACCCCACCACCGCCUUCAUUGCUAGCCGCGCGGGCAACCCACCAGCUAGCUCCGGCGGCGGCAAGGCAAAGAGAUGGGGAGGGAGGGGAGUUGGCGGCGGCUAGGCUUGCAGCCGCCCAAGUCGCCAAAGGGGCGACGCGGGGGCCUAGUAGCUUUC